AUGCAGCCAACAGUCCUGGCAACCAACGGUCAUAGCAACCAACGGUCCCAGCAACCAACAGUCCAGCAGCCAGCAGUCCCAGCAACUAACAGUCAGCAACCAGCAGGUCCAGCAACCAACAGACCAUGUACCAUGUCCAGCAACCAACAGUCCCAGCAACCAACAGUCAUAGCAACCAGUCCAGCAACCAACAGUCAGCAACCAACAGUCACAGCAACCAGCAGUCAUAGCGCCAACAGUCGUAGCAACCAACAGUCACAGCAACAACAGUCCCUGUCGCAGCAACCAACAGUCAUAGCAACCAACAGUCCUAACAGCCAACAGUUAGCAACCAACAGUCCCAGCAACCAACAGUCCCAGCAGCAAACAGUCCCAGCAACCAACAGUCCCAGCAACCAACAGUCCCAGCAACCAACGUCCCAGCAACAAACAGUCCCAGCUACCAACAGACACUGGCAACCACAGUCCAGCAACGUCCCAGCAACCAGCAGUCAUAGCAACCAACAGUCCCAGCAACCAUGGUCCCAGCAACCAACAGUCAUAGCAACCAACAGUCCCAGCAACCAACAGUCCCAGCAACCAACAGUAGCAACCAGCAUCCCAGCAAAAGGCGAUCCAGCAGCCUUUCAGCAACCAACAGUCCCAGCAACCAACAGUCCCAGCAACCCACAAGUCAUAGCAACCAACAGUCCUAGCAACCAACAGUCUGCAACCAGCAGUCCCAGCAACCAACAGUCAGCAGCCAAAAGUCAGCAGCAACGUUCAGCAACCAACAGUCCGCUGGCAACAGACUUAGCCAACAGUCCCAGCAACCAGCAGUCCCAGCAACCAACAGUCAUAGCAACCAACAGUCCAGCAACAGUCCCAGCAACCAACAUCCUAGCAACCAACAGUCAGCAACCAACAGUCAUAGCAACCAACGGUCCAACUAACAGUCCCAGCAACCAACAGUCCCAGCAACCAACAGUCCCAGCAACCAACAGUCCCUGGCAGCCAACAGUCAGCAACCAACAGUCCCAGCAACAACAGUCCAGCAACCAACAGUCAGCACCAACAGUCAUAGCAACCAACAGUCCCAGCAACCAGCAGUCCCAGCAACCAACAGUUCGCAAUAACAGUCCAGCAACCAACAGUCCCAGCAGCCAACAGUCCCAGCAACCAACGGUCAGCAACAACAGUCAUAGCCAACAGUCCAGCAACCAAGGUCCCAGCAACCAACGGAGUGUCAGCAACCACUGUCAGCAACCAACAGUCAUAGCAACCAACAGUCCCAGCAACCACAGGUCCCAGCAACCAACAGUCAGCAACCAACAGUCCCAGCAACCAACAGUCCUAGCAACCAACAGUCCCAGCAACCAACAGUCCCAGCAACCAACAGUCAGCAGCCAACAGUCCAGCAACCAACAGUCCCAGCAACAGCAGUCCAGCACCCAGCAGUCCCAACACCUUGGUCCCAGCACCCAGCAGCCCCAGCACCCAGCAGUCCCAGCGCAGCAGUCCCAGCAACCAACAGUCCCAGCAACCAACAGUCCCUAG